AUGUCCGAAAUUCCUAGUACUGUAUCUGCCGCCCUGAGCUCCAUACUAUCGCCGAAAUUCGAUAUCGGUGCACCCUUAUCCACUACCUUCAUGGCCCUGAGAACCGCCAUAGACCAACUAAAGAAGAGGCAGGAUAACUGCCAGAAAGAAGUGGAACAAAUACGACAUAUGAGUCGUACCAACUGGCUCGUGAUAAAUAUGCCUCUCCCUUUUGGGCAAACGAAGUGUCAGGCUCUACAGCAGCUAUUGUGUCAGUUGGAGUACAGCAAGCCGUUGUUCGACGCCAAGCGAGAUUUACUCGCUGCUGACAUAUUACAUGUAAAUUGA